GGCUCAUGAAAUCUUCAUUUUGACAACAUUAUCGGCAACCAAAUCCAUUUUCUUUCAUUCUCCCUCUCAAACUUGUUCUUUAAAUCCCAGUGGUGCAAUUCAAUUACCCACAUUGACAAGCUUCUCCUGACUAUUUCAAUAAAAAAACACAAUGGCAGUGAAACUUAAAUCCUCCUACGUAGUCAAGCCAGCUGAGCCUACAAGAGCUCAUCGACUACCCCUCUCGGUAUGGGAUCAAGUUGGUACAAUAACCCACGUACCCACAAUCUACUUCUACCAAAAACCCUCCCAACAAUGGCUCACAAAUUCUGACACCAUCAUCAACACCUUGAAAGAGUCACUUAGCCGUGUAUUGGUUCCAUUCUAUCCACUAGCAGGCCGUCUGUACUGGAUCGGCCGCGGCCGGCUCGAGCUCGAAUGCAAUGAUGCAGGGGUUGUGCUCAUUGAGGCCGAGUCAAGUUCAAAACUGUCUGAUUUUGAUGAUUUUUCACCUACUCAUCCUGAAUACCAAUACCUUAUUCCAAAUGUAGACUAUUCUCUUCCAAUUCAUAAACUCCCGCUUGUGCUAGUUCAACUCACUAAGUUCAAAUGUGGUGGGUUUAGCAUCAGCCCAACAAUCUCUCAUGCAGCCGCUGAUGGGCCGAGCGCGCUUCACUUCAUCUCUGAAUGGGCCAGAAAUGCGCGUGGUGAACCGUUAAAUACGGUGCCGAUUCAUGACAGGAAAAUAUUGCGAGCUGGGGAUUAUUCUCCACCGUUCGAUCACAAGGAAUUCGAAAAUCCGCCGUUGAUUAUAGGACAAUUAGACAGCAGAGAAGAACGGAAGAAAAAGACCACUGUGGCCAUGCUCAAAAUAAGCAAAACCCAAGUGGAGAAACUAAAGAGCGCAGCCAAUGAGGGUAUAACAGACAUUACAACCCGGCCGUACAGUCAGUACGAGACCAUGGCCGGCUACACGUGGAAAUGCGCGUCCAGGGCUCGUGACCAUGAACCCAAUCAAGCAACUGGGUUGGGUAUGUCCGUUGAUUCGCGUUGGCGGAUGAACCCACCAUUGCCACGGGGCUUCUUCGGCAACGCGACUCUCGAUGUCGUCGCGAUGAGUCGUUCCGGCGAGCUGCUGGAGAAACCAUUGGGAUUCGCUUGCAAGAAAAUAAGGGAAUCGAUUGAGAAGGUGACAGAUGAUUAUGUGAAAUCUGCAAUGGGGUAUUUGAAGAACCAAGAGGACUUGACCAAGUUUCAAGAUCUUCAUGAGUUGGGUGGCACUGAAGGGCCUUUUUACGGCAACCCUAAUCUUGGCGUGAUCAGCUGGCUCACGCUUCCCUUCUACGGUCUUGAUUUCGGGUGGGGGAAAGAAAUCUAUAUGGGUCCAGGGACUCAUGAUUUUGAUGGUGAUUCGCUGCUUCUACAGAGUCCAGAUGGCGAUGGAUCGCUGAUUCUUGCAAUUUGUCUGCAGGUAGGUCAUAUGGAUGCCUUUAAGAAGUACUUUUAUGAAGGUAUUGCUGGCUAAAUUAAGCAAGUUAUCUACACCAGGAGAUAAAAAUAGUAGAAGGUAAUAAGAUUAUAAGAAUAUAAGGGUUUCCUUUCAAAAACAAGAAGAAUAUAAGGGUUAAAAAGGGUAUUCAAGGUUAUAGGGUUUUGUCCUUAUUAAGUUAGAAUUUCGUUAAAAUGUUAUAUGUUUCGUAAGACAUAUAAUGUGAUAUAUAUAUAUAUGUACCUUUUAUGAAAAAAUAAUGAGAUGUCUUGUCUUUACCAUUUUUAAAUAAA